AUGGAUAUCAGACAUUGCACCUAUGGCAAGGGCAAUACUAGAAAGAAUUCAAAGAACUGUAAUGUUCAAUGGAAUGGGGUGAAUGGUUUUGAGAUUAGUGAUGGGGAAUACUCAUUUGUUGUUGAAUUGGAGAAGAAGCAUUGUGACUGUAGGUUGUGGAUGUUGAGAGGUAUUCCUUGCCCUCAUGCUAUUUGUGCUUAUUAUUACUUGAAUCAAGAUCCUGAUCAACAUGUAGAGCACUGGUAUAUGAAGGAAACAUUUCUCAAGGCUUACAAUCAUUUCAUCCAACCAAUACCCAAUAUGAGAAUGUGGCCUAAAACUACAAAUCCAUCAAUAGAGCCUCCAAAACCAAGAAAAAUGUCAGGCAGACCUGGCAAGAAGAGAAGAAAGAGCAAGGAUGAGCCUAAAUAUGGGGAAAAUUUUCCAGAAAAGGAGUAA